UAAAUGUAAAUGUAAAUGUAAGCACUUGUGAAUGAGUUACGGAUAACUGUGUUUAGAAUAGUUUAGAAUAUACUAGCCUACUGUGUUGACGUCGGAAUAGUGGCACCUGUAACAGUCAUGUAGACUUUCUGUUAACGUGAUUAAUGUGUCAAACAUGAUGUGAUCUAUACAUCUGGUUGCUUGUGAAUAAUUGCUGAAAGCUGAUUGGUUGGGAAGGACAUAACGCUUGGAUGUUGAGUUGAGAAGGCGGGUGGUGUGACUCAGAGAAAAGUGCGACAAGUUGUCCCAGGUAACCCCCCGAUUAACAGCAGAAAGGCAAACAUUUUCUCACCGACUUGGACUUUGGACUUAAUUGACUUAAAAUGACCACGACAAGAGUUGCCCUGGUCUGAGGCGUCUAUACAUUGCAGUUCGUUUUGUCACUGAAAAUGAGUGGCAUCCAGAUCUGGGCGAUGGACUACGAUGCAGGCGAGGAGGAGGGUCGCCCCACGUCCCCCUGGUCGGAGGAGCGCUGCGAGGAGCUGUGGGACCGCGUGGAGGGCGUGAGGCACAAGCUCACCCGUCUCCUCAACCCGGCCAAGCUCACGCCCUACCUGCGCCAGUGCAAAGUGAUGGACGAACAGGACGAGGACGAGGUCCUCAACUCCACCCAGUACCCCCUGCGCAUCAGCAAGGCUGGCCGCUUGAUUGACAUCCUGCGGGGGCGAGGCCAGCGGGGGCUACAGGCCUUCAUGGAGUCUCUGGAGUUCUACCACCCAGACCAGUACACCCACCUGACUGGAGAGAUGCCCACCCACCGCUGCUCCAUCAUGCUGGACGAGGAGGGUCCGCAGGGCCUGACCCAGUUCCUGCUGCUGGAGGUCAACAAGCUGAGGGAGCAGCUGAGGGGGAGCCGCCUGUGCGAGCGCCGCCUGUCCCAGCGCUGCCGCAUGGCCGAGGAGGAGCGCAGCCGGGCCGAGCGCAAGGCCCAGGAGCUCCGCCACGACCGCCUGCAGCUGGAGAGGCUGCGUCAGGACUGGGAGGCGGGGAGCAGGGAGCUAAGCAGGCUGAAGGACAGGCACCUGGAGCAGGCCAUGAAGUACUCCCGCUCCCUGGAGGAGCAGGGCAAGGCCUCCGCACGCGAGAAGGAGCUGCUGGCUCAGGUGGAGCAGCUGAACAGCAGGCUGAUGGAGGCGGAGAACCAGACGAGCAGUGACAUGGUCUCCCCAGGGUCGGUCAAGAGGAACAGCAGGGUGGGCGACUGUGUGAGGAGCGCCCCCCCCGUCCCGGAGAAGCCGUUGCAGCUUAACACCACCCAGAAGGGGGGUCACACUCAAACACAGGCUUUGAUGGACAUCGUGCACCAGGACCGCAGGGAGGCCGCCGAGCAGAGACACGAGCUGUGCGGUACCAUCUCCAGACUGCAGGAGGAGCUGGAGGACGCGGAGGAACACAGGGACAAGCUGGAAUCCCAGUGUGAGCAGCUGCAACUAAAAGUGAGGACCCUCCAGCUGGACUGGGAGACGGAGCAGAAGAGGAGCGUGUCCUACUUCAACCAGAUCAUGGAGCUGGAGAAGGAGAGAGACCAGGCACUACGCAGUAGAGACAGCCUGCAGCUGGAGUUUACUGACUGCCUAUUGGACAAGAAUAGCCUGGGUAAACGAAUCGCUGAACUGGAGGCCAACUCGGAGCAGCAACAGAGAGAGCUGGAGAGAGAGAGGGAGAAGAGCAGGGAGCAGGGCGCCCCCUGUCUGAACUGUUCCCACCUGUCUCUCUGCAGUGAGGAGCAGUGCUACGGCCCCUGCUGCUCUCAGGGCCUGAACAUGGGCUUCAGCCCUCAGCCCAACGGCAACCUGCUGCUCCGCAAGACUCCCUCUAGAGGCCAAGAGAGUGAACAUUCGGAAGGUUCCCGCUCCAACUCAGAUGAGAAUCUGUUAACACCUACCGAGGACAGUGAGAAGGACAUCAACCGACUCUCCACCUUCCCCUUCCCUCCCUGCGUGAACUCCAUAAACAGACGAUUCAACACUGAGUUUGACCUGGACUCCUGGGGCAGUGAUGAAAACGAGAACCUCACAGGAGACCAGAAUGAGCCCUCCCUAUGGGACUCCUGCAGCUCUCUGAACUCUCACCUCUUCCCCCCUGACCUGGUCAACCUGCCGCCUGUCGCCCCUCACAAACCCAGCCCCAACCAACUGGGAGUGGAGCUCCUUUCCCCAGCCCCUAGCCCCCCCACCUCGCCCAAACGGGGAAGAUGCAGCCUGGCAGAUGACGUCACCAUCGUCGGGGGCAACCAGACGGGCAUCUUCAUCAGUAGCGUGAAGGCGGGCUCUACUGCUGAGACGUGUGGUCUGAAGGAGGGGACUGAGCUGCUGGAGCUGGAGCGGGUGCUGUUCGGUGGCGGCAGCGUGCUGCUGGCACAGUGCACAGGAGAGGUGGCCCACUUCUCCCUGCAGUGGUGGGCAGAGCCCUCCUCACUCAAACACCAGCUCAACACUGAAGCAUACUCCAAGCUGUGCACCCAGCUCUCCUCUCCCAACUUCCUGGGAGCUGACUCAUUCUAUGUACGCGUCAACAUGGAUCUGGGUUCCCAUGGCGACUCCCCCUGCCUGAGGGUGCACUGUGAUGACAUCAUCCAUGUGACGGACACCCGCUACAACGGAAGGUACCAGUGGCGCUGCUCGCUGGUGGAGCCCCGGACGGGCAAAGCCCUGCAGGCGGGCGCCAUGCCCAACUACAACAGAGCUCAACAGCUGUUACUGGUGAGGCUGCGCACCAUGGCACUGCAGAAGGACUUCAAGAAGAAGUUAUACAAGAAGUCCUCCGAGCGCGUGCGAUUGGUCAAGGCUGUAUCCCCUAGCUGUCGUGGGAUUGGUUCAACCCCCCAAGUUCUCUACACCCUUAGCCACCGUCAUGAGGACCACCUGAUCCCCUACAGUAUGGUCCAGCCUGUGCAGGUCAAAACCAAAAGACCCGUCAUCUUCUCUCCUUCUCUGCUCUCCCACGCCCUUAUAGAGAGACUGCUGCAGCCCGCAGAUUCUGGGCUGGACUUCAACACCUGUCAACCAGAACCCAUCCCGGCCUUAGACAGGCGGGACAGGAAGGUCUUCCUGUUGGACUCUUCCAGCCCAGAGCAGGCUCUGGGCAUACGGCUGCAGUCUAUUCAAGAUGUCAUCAGCCAGGAAAAGCACUGUCUGUUGGAGCUGGGUCUGGGCAGCGUGGAGCGUCUACUGAGACAGGGGGUCUACCCCAUCGUCAUUCACAUCCGACCCAAGAACAAAAAACACAAGAAGCUGAGGAAGUUGUUGUCGGGUCAUAGGGAGGAGGGUGUGAUGGAACAGGUGUGCCAGGCGGAGGAGCUGCAGCUGGAGAACCUCCCCUUGCUGUACCACACCCUGGAGCCCAGCACCUGGAGCUGCACCGAGGAGCUGCUGGCAGCCUUACGCAACGCCAUCCACAGCCAGCAGAGAGCGCUGGUCUGGGUCGAGCUGGACAAGAUGCAAUAGAUGGCAUCUGGUUGCAUUUAUCAACGUUUUUACAAUAUUUUUAUAGUUAUGGUCAUAUAUUCUUUCAGGAAAAAUACAUUUCAUUUGGUUCCUACUACGGUAGUAAGAGUGUUCUGUAAAUGUUAAUUUUACUCAGGGAGAUGUUUCCUUUUUCUGCUUUACAUAUAGUUUUACAUGCAGUUUGAGUUUGAGACUCACGUGAUGUGCAGGGAGAGCUUGAAAAGGUAAAGUAGAUGAAGAUACAGGUUAGAUAAGUAGUCGAGUGACGACCAGAGACGAUUCAUGUAAGUUGGAGAGAAGGCAUCAUCCAUGGAUCUUAUCGAUGGACCAAUGUGAUGAUGACAGGAAUGGUCAUAUAAAACAACUUCCAGACUGCUGUGUUUUUUCGACUGAAUUUUUACAUUAAAAUGAUCAACAUCG